AUGGUCCCCAUCAUAGCAGACCCGGACACAUCGUCGGCCGCGACGCUGGGUACCGAUGCUGCCGCUGAAGCUGACCUACAACGACAUUCGAGUACCAAUGUCGAGCGUGAGUCGCAGACCGAGUACGCGUACAAUCGAGAUUACCGAUUCUGGUCCAUCAUUUUUGCUCUUUGUACUAUGCAGGUUCUGUGUUCGUUGGAAAAUACCGUCGUAGUCACCUCCCUACCUACUAUCGUCAAACAAUUAGGCCUGGGAAGCAGUUACAUCUGGGUCACCAACAUUUUUUUCUUAGCAACUUCUGUAGUGCAGCCCCUGACCGGCCAGCUCGCCGGCCUCUUUGGCCGUCGGCACGUAGCACUAUUCGUCGUCGCCUUGUACACCCUAGGCAGCGGUCUCGCUGGGGGAGCAAAUGGGCCGGCUAUGCUGAUCGCCGGCCGAGCCGUACAAGGCGCUGGGAGCGGAGGUAUGACGGCCGUCAUGGGCAUUGUUAUCUCCGAUCUCGUCCCUCUACGACUGAGGAGUAGUUACCAGGCUAUUCUUGCCAUGACAUACGCUGUCGGCAUGGCUAUCGGUCCCGUGGUGGGCGGUGCCAUUGUCCAGAAUACAACUUGGAGAUGGGUGUUUUACAUCAACCUCCCUGUCGGCGGUGUUUCUCUCUCCCUUCUGUGGCUAUUCCUACGGGUGAAAUGGGACAGAGAAACAAAGAUACGGGAUAAACUCAAGCGGAUCGACGUCGCGGGCAACACUCUUUUGGUGGCAUCCACCGUGUCGGUGCUUAUCGCGCUAACAUGGGCCGGCUCUGAGUACCCGUGGUCAUCUUACCGUAUUCUCGUCCCGCUGAUCAUCGGCCUUGUCGGGCUUAUCGGUUUCUUUUGCCUCGAAGGCUCUACAUGGGUAUCGGAGCCUGUGAUGCCGCUUCGCCUUUUCGCAAAUCGUACCUCCGCAGUAAUAUAUGCGAAUACCUUUGUCGUCUCGAUGCUGAACUACUGGAUUUUCUUCUUCCUGCCUCUCUUCUUCCAGGCUGUCCAGCUAUCAACGCCCACUCGCUCCGGAGUACAGAUCCUGCCCAUCACCUUGAUAGCCGUCCCCGGGGCCGCGGUCGGAGCGGUUGCCCUGUCCAAGUGGGGCAGAUAUAAGCUGCUCCACAUCAUCGGCUUCGCUCUCCUCACGGCCGGCAUCGGUUCCUUUUCCGUACUUACCAAGGAUUCCAGCACAGCGGAGUGGGUCUGUCUCCAGAUUCUCCCGUCCAUCGGUGCCGGCAUGAUUCUGGACACCCUCCUGCCGGCCUUCCAAGCAGGCGUGGAUGAAGUAGAUUCCGCGGCGGCUGCGGCGAGCUGGUCCUUCGUACGCAGCUUCGGGAAUAUCUGGGGUGUUGCGAUUCCGGGGGCCAUCCUCAACAUCUACGGCAGUCGUUAUGCCGAUAUCAUAGUUGAUCCAACUGCGAGAUCGUACCUGCAAGGUGGCGGCGCGUACUCAAGCGCGACGCGAGACUUCGUCCUGUCGUUUCCCGAACCAACGCGUAGCCAGAUCAUCGAAACUUUUACAAGAGCCCUGAGCAAGGUCUUCCUUAUCGGCAUCGCAUUUCCGGCACUUUCAUUCAUCUUAUCUUUCGUAGAGAGGGAGGUGAAGCUGCGGACAGUGCUAGAGACGGAAUUCGGCCUUGAAGAAAAGGAAAUAAAAACCAAGGCAAAAGCGUAAGAGGUGUUUGAUUUUAUUUUAUUUAUAUUUUUUCCUUGGUUACUUAGGAUAUGCUCUAUUACUACUUAAUUAAUUUACACCGGUUCUAUAAUUUGUCCUUUCUGGUUACGUAACUUGUUUUGGA